AAGAUACCAACUAUUAUCAACAACAUAGCCAAAACCUAAAUAGCCAUGGAAGAAAAUACCACCAAUGCUGCAGCCGUAGUAGCAUCAGAGCCAUCGUGGCCGGAGCUCCUCGGCUCCAACAACUGGGACGGCCUCCUCGACCCCUUAAACCUCACCCUCCGCCGCUUCCUCCUCCGCUGCGGCGACUUCUGCCAGUGCACCUACGACGCCUUCGACGACGACGACAACUCCCCCUACGCCGGCAGCAGCCGCUACGGCAAGGCCUCCUUCCUCCACAAGGUCAAAUUCCCCUUCGCCGCCGCCUACCAAGUCUCCUCCCUCCUCUACGCCACCUCCAUCGACACCCUCACCGCCUCCUGGGACUACCAAACCAACUACAUGGGCUACGUCGCCACCUCCACCGACGCCGUCACCAGCCUCCUCGGCCGCCGCGAGAUCUUCGUCGUCUGGCGCGGCACCAAGACCCCCUACGAGUGGAUCGACGUCGCCUACUUCGACCCCGUCCCCGCCUCCCCCCUCCUCCGCUCCUCCCCCGCCUCGCCGCCCAAAAUCAUGGACGGCUGGCUCAAAAUCUACAACUCCUCAAACCCUAACUCCAAAUUUCUGAAGCUGAGCGCGCGCGCUCAGCUUCAGAAAUUAAUUGACCAGCUUCUUGGUCAAUACAAAGACGAAAACCCUAGCAUCGUCGUGACGGGGCACAGCCUAGGGGCGGCCCUGGCCGUGCUCUCCGCGUUCGAUUUGGUUGAAAAUGUGGUCAAAGACCAUGGCGGGGAAGUCCCCGUCACGGCCGUCGUAUUCGGCUGCCCGCGCGUGGGAGACGGCAGCUUCACCGAGAAGCUGAAGGAGUAUCCCAACCUCAAGAUUUUGCACACUAAGAACUUACUCGACCCGAUUCCGCAUUACCCGCCGGAGAUCUUGGGCUACAGAGGCGCCGGAGUGGAGCUUGUGGUCGACAGCAGGAAAUCCCCGUCGUUGAGAAUGAUCCCGACCGGUAUUUUCGACUGGCAUAACUUGCAGGGGAUGUUGCACGUGGUGGCCGGGUGGCACGGGGAGGAGGGGAAGUUCGAGGUGGUGGUGAAGAGGAGCUUGGCGUUGGUGAACAAGUCAUGUGCGUUUCUCAAGGAGGAAUAUAAGAUCCCGGGGCAUUGGUGGGUGGCGGAGAAUAGAGGGAUGGUGCUUGAUGACAAAGGAGACUGGGUUUUAAAGCCGCCGCUCGAGGAGGAUCUCCCCGUCCCCGAGUCCACUUGAAUGGCACUCGUCAAGGAUGUGUUCACACGAGACAUUCUAUUUCGAGUUUAUGUUGUGUUUUUUCUUUUGGAAUAAAGCUAUGCAGCCACAAUGUGGGUGUCUGUAUCUUGUUGAUUUUAAUAAAAAUGAGAUAAUGCUUUGCUUUCAA